AUGUCGUUCGCGAGUCGCAUAACGCAACCUGGGCAUCACCAAAAUCAACAACAAUCACCAUCACAGACUGGCACGAUAUCAUUGGCAGUCAAAGGGUGGGCAUCAGGGCCGAAGUUCUCGCAGAAUCCGACAGAAGCGCAACAGAUAUUUCAUUCUUGGCUAGGGAAGAAGGCGGGACGACCAAUACUUAGUCACCGCUACGUUGGAAAUGCAGGCACGAUUUGCAUAAUCGAGGUCAAUGCCCAUGACCGACCACGGUUCGACCAUCUGAAUGGAUUUACGUUUUCAGGAGGAGUAAUUGUUGUGGAGGAUGCCAGACCACCCAAAAAUCAACAACAACAAAAUGGCAGCUUCAAUCCUCCAGCCGGACCUAGGCAAUCACAGUCACAGCCAUCGACCGGCGCACGAAUACCAAGCGGGCCGCGGUACGCAAAUAACACGAAAACCUUUGGCUCAGCAGCAGGAGGCGACACCUCCAUGAACGGCCAACCCGCCACGCAAGCUGGGUCGGAGAAGCAACAACUAGAAGCCAUUCUCACAAACGUCGUACGGAAACGCUACAAUGCAGCCGAGAAGUAUCUCACCCUCGAAUCCCUCGCCGCAGACCCGGACAUCGUCUCAGCAGGCCUGACGACAUCCUCCGCCUCAAAAGUCUUCACCGCGAUAUUCACCAUGUGCGAGAAAUUCGUCUUCGAAACGCCCGCAAAACGCCGGGACAUGGUCGUCAGCGUCUCCCUCAGCGGCAACGCGCUUGGCACGGUACAAGACAUAAUCGCUCUGCCAUCCACAUUUCCCAACCUCCAGAACCUCGAUCUAUCGAACAACCAGCUCAAGGAUACGAAGGACUUCAGAUUCUGGCGGAACAACAUGCGCAACCUCGAACACCUGAUAAUAACAGGCAACCCAAUCGACACAAACAUCGCCGAAAAAGAAAAACUCAUCCGCUGGUGGCGCAAACUAAAAAUGAUAAACGGCCAACCCAUCACCCGUGGCUCGUCCCUCGCCAACGCCAUGACCCUCGAACCCUCCAACACAAACGGAGGCCCAGACCGAACAGCCUCCCCCGCACCACCCUUCGCAUUCGCCAACACAUCCCGCCCAACACAGGGCCACCCCGAGUUCCCACCGGACAGCAACUUCGGCCUCCCCGAACCCGGCAAGACCGCUGAACAGCUACAAAUGGAGCAGAUGGGCCUGAAGUUCAGCUUCGAGACACGGCUGAAUAUGAAGAUGACGGAGCAAUGUCUAGUCGCGAACGGGUGGGAUUAUGACAAGGCGCUGCGGAAUUUGGGGGAAAUGCGCAAUAAGCGAUUGCGCGAGGAUUUCUGGGCUGUUAGUGGGGAUGAUGAUGACGAGCUGGAGAAAAUGUGGGAGGAGGGGAGUGAGCUUGGGGAGGAUGAUCACGUUAAUGCGCAGGAGGAGGCGGAGGAGAGGUUGACGUUUGCCAGGUAUCAUCGCGCUCACUUUGAGUCUGCUUAG